UCUGUCGGAGACGACCAAUGAAUCCCACUCAAAGCUCAGAAAGAAAUGCCUAGUGGCUAGUAGUAGUACUUCUCAGACGUCACGCCAAGCUAAUCUCAUCAGAUAACACCAAGACGGAGAUGGAGAAGAAGACGAAGACCAUCGGUCCCUUCACUUAACUCUUUCCAUUACCAAUUGCUCCCCUCGAUGUCGUUCACUUCAACGACGACGUCGUUGCCCAGAAUAGCCGGGCUUUGCUCGAAGCUCGGCGAGUCUCCGGUGAGAAAGAAGAAUAGGUUCUGCUCCCACGGAGGAGUACGGGUCGCCACACGGUGCGUUAGGGCCUCUUCGGAGCGGAGUGGCGAGCGGAUUGAUGGGACAAUAGAGGGAGGGGGGGAUGGGCCAGCAGGAAGGUUCACGAGCCCGGCCAUGGAGGUGACCACAUUUGAUAUGAGCUUCGGCGAGGCCGAGAUCCCCGUUUGGGAGAAGAUUGGCGCCGUCGUCAGGCUAGGUUACGGAAUCGGCAUAUAUGGUGCAAUGGCUCUAGCAGGAAGGUUCAUAUGCUCAAUGAGCGGAAUCGAUUCUAUGGGAGGUUUCCAUCCAUCAUUAGAUGCCAUACUACAAGGACUUGGAUAUGCUGCUCCUCCAAUCAUGGCCCUUCUGUUUAUACUAGAUGAUGAAGUUGUGAAGUUGUCACCCCAUGCUCGUGCAAUCAGAGAUGUGGAGGAUGAGGAGCUAUGGAACUUUUUCUAUGGAAUGUCAUCUUGGCAGUUUAUAAUGAUUGUUGCUGCAAGCUCAGUGGGAGAGGAGCUUUUUUACAGGGCUGCAGUUCAAGGAGCAUUGGCUGAUAUAUUUCUAAGGGGCACCGAUCUUGUAGCUGAUGCUCGAGGAAUGGCAUCUCUGACUGGGGUGCUACCUCCUUUUGUUCCAUUUGCUCAGGCGUUUGCAGCUGUGGUUACAGCUUGCCUUACAGGUUCUCUCUAUUAUGCAGCUGCUUCCCCUAAAGAUCCUACGUAUGUUGUUGCUCCAGUUUUGCAGUCUCGUUCUGGUCGUGAAGAUCUGAAAAAGCUCUUUUCAGCAUGGUAUCAGAAGAGGCAAAUGAAAAAGAUAUAUUCUCCCCUCCUGGAAGGACUUUUGGCACUUUACCUUGGUUUUGAAUGGAUCCAGACAAAUAACAUUCUUGCUCCCAUUAUCACCCAUGGCAUAUACUCUGCCGUUAUAUUGGGACAUGGCCUUUGGAAAAUACACGACCACCGCCGAAGACUACGCCAAAGAAUCCACAACCUUAAAUUAGAAGGAAAGAACUCAAAUAAGUUAUGAAGGAGCUGUACAAUCAUUGAGGAAUAACCAAUGUG